UAUAAAAAGAGAUUAAAAUAAGAAUUAUCAUCCCAAACAAAGAUCAAGCGGGUUAACUAAAAAGAAAAGGACCGUUGUUAUUUGCGAAGAAAAGAAAACAAGAAAGAAAGGAAGAGAGAAAAAGCUAACAAUCAAAACGAGAAGUCGAGAACGACACAGCAAAAAGCACAGACUUCACAGGAAAACAAAAUACACAAAUAAAUAAAGCGAAACGGGAAACCGAGGAAAAAAGAAGAAGAAAAUAAUAAGUGAAUAGAAGUUACAACUCUAACUGAUGAAGAAGAUAUUGGAAUUUAGGGCUUUUGGACAGUGGAACUUGAGGUGCUAGUAUUCCAGGGUAAUGGGAGUAGUGGUUUUUGUAGUUGAGGUCGUGAGAGUGGCAAAUGAAUGAAUCAUGAUGACUGGGAUCAAUUUGGAUAAUUGUCGAUGGGCACGUCUGACGACAAACAAUCUGACCAUGUUGACACUAAGUCGUGGAUCCCUAGGAGUGAGCUUCUGAAUGUGUCAAGGGAUUUUUGGAUGCCCGAUCAGAGUUGUAGGGUAUGCUACGAGUGUGACUCCCAAUUUACAAUAUUUAAUCGUAGGCAUCAUUGUCGACUUUGUGGCCGUGUUUUCUGUGCCAAGUGUACAGCAAACUCAGUUCCUGUCCCAUCUGAUGAGCCAAGAGCUGGUCGUGAAGAUUCAGAAAGGAUUAGGGUAUGUAAUUACUGCUUCAAGCAAUGGGAGCAGGGAAUAGCAGUUGACAAUAAUGGGACCAAAACACCUAGUCCUGAUCUCAGUCCAUCUCCAUCAGCAGCAAGCUUGGCCAGUACCAAGUCCAGCUGCACCUAUAAUAGUGGUAGCAGCUUUGUUGGUUCUACACCAUAUGCAACCGGACCUUACUAUCGCGUGAAUUGUAAUUCUGGUCUUAGCCAUUGUGAAUCUUCCCAAAUGAAUGGUGCUGAGCAAAACAGUGAGACAUCUGGGAUGAGCACAGAUCAAAGUUCAGCCUUAGUAGAUUCUUAUUCAAACCGUUUUGACUUUUGUAGUAACAGGAGUGAUGACGAAGAUGAUGAUUAUGGUGCAUAUCGUUCAGAUUCAGAAUCAAAGCAUUAUGCUCAUGCUGAAGAGUAUUAUGGUGCAAUCAAUAUUGACGAAUAUGGCCGUGUUUAUGGAUCAGAUAAAGUGCAUCCUGAUGCGGUGAACAUUGAUGCGAAAUCUUUGAGUGGUUCACCAUUAGCUAAGAAUUUUGAUACAAGUGUGGAUGAAAUCAAGAAAUUUGAAGAAGAAAAUGAGCAAGAGAAUGCUGAUGAGGGUGAAGCUCCUGCUUAUGAUGUGGAUGGUACUGAUGCUGAGCCUGUGGAUUUUGAGAACAAUUGGCUACUGUGGCUCCCUCCAGAGCCUGCGGAUGGGGAGGAUGAGAGGGAAGCUGCUCUAUUUGAUGAUGACGACGAGGAUGAGGGUGCUACAGGAGAGUGGGGAUAUUUACGUUCAAAUAGCUUUGGCACCGGGGAACGUAGCAGGGAUAAGUCUGUUGAGGAGCACAGGCGAGCCAUGAAAAAUGUUGUAGAAGGGCAUUUUCGAGCUUUGGUCUCUCAGCUUUUGCAGGUUGAAAACCUUCCCGUACGGGAUGAUGAUGGCAGAGAGAAUUGGUUGGAUAUAAUCACGUCUUUGUCAUGGGAAGCUGCAACACUUCUGAAGCCAGAUACAAGCAAGGGAGGAGGAAUGGAUCCUGGAGGAUAUGUGAAAGUUAAAUGCAUAGCUUCCGGGCGUCCAAGUGAAAGUGCUGUGGUUAAAGGAGUUGUUUGUAAGAAAAAUGUAGCUCAUCGACGAAUGACUUCGAAAAUAGAAAAACCUCGUUUUCUAAUUCUUGGAGGAGCUUUGGAAUAUCAGCGUAUUUCUAACCACUUGUCCAGUUUUGAUACAUUGUUGCAGCAGGAAAUGGACCAUUUGAAGAUGGCAGUUGCUAAAAUUGGUGCACAUCAUCCUAAUGUUCUUUUGGUGGAGAAAUCCGUGUCCCGUUAUGCUCAAGAUUACCUUCUUGCCAAAGAUAUUUCACUUGUUCUCAACAUUAAGAGGCCACUCUUAGAGCGUAUAGCCCGCUGCACUGGUGCCCAAAUUGUUCCAUCCAUUGAUCAUCUAACAUCGCCAAAGUUGGGUUAUUGUGAUGUGUUCCACGUGGAGAAAUUUUUUGAGGAGCAUGGAAGUGCCGGGCAAGGUGGAAAAAGAUUGACAAAGACUCUGAUGUUUUUUGAGGGUUGCCCGAAGCCUCUGGGUUAUACAAUUUUACUCAAGGGUGCCAAUGGAGAUGAACUGAAAAAGGUGAAACAUGUUGUCCAAUAUGGAGUUUUUGCAGCUUAUCACUUGGCUCUUGAGACAUCAUUUCUAGCUGAUGAAGGUGCCACGCUUCCAGAGCUCCCUUUAAAGUCUCCUAUAACUGUUGCCUUACCCGAUAAACCAUCAAGUAUUGACAGGUCUAUUUCCAUUGUACCUGGCUUUACCAUCCCAUCCUCCAGGAAGCCGAUGGCUUCUCAAUCUAUUAAUGAAUUGCAGAAAUCCAACAAAGGCGUUGUCUCAGAUGGUCCAUCAUUUGCCAACAAUUUACAAGGGGGCAAAUCUACAGAGGCCAAUUUAUCUUGCUUGUCCAAAGGUCCUCAGACUGUGUCAAACUCCAAGGAAUCUGUUUUUGACUCUGUUGAAGAUGUUUCUUCCUUGAAUUCACAAUCUGCUUCAAGGAUGGAAACCUCUUCUUGUGACUAUGUUCCCUCAUCAAAUCUUGCAUUUUGCAAGGUUGGAGUUGACCCUAAAGAAUCUGUAAAAAGAAAAACAACUAGCAGUGGAGAAGAUUUAACAGGUAACCAGUUUAUUUCUCUUUCUCAAAAAUUAUCAGAAGCACCACAGCAACGUGGUGGCAGUCAUCAUGCUGAUUGCGCUUUGUUGGCUGCAUUUCAUCUAGAUGACCCAGGGAUGGCAUCCUCAAAACAAGAGCCUAUUAACAAUAAUGAAGAGGCAGGGUCCUCGAAGGAUGAGUUUAGUCCAUCACCUUCAGACCACCAGAGCAUUUUGGUGUCGUUAUCAACACGUUGUGUGUUGAAGGGCACUGUGUGUGAACGGUCUCAUCUCUUCCGGAUCAAAUACUAUGGGAGCUUUGAUAAGCCUUUGGGGCGAUUUUUACAAGAUCAUCUAUUUGAUCAGAGCUCCCGUUGUCGAUCAUGUGAGAUGCCAUCUGAGGCACAUGUUCAUUGUUAUACUCAUCGGCAAGGUAGCCUGACAAUAUCUGUUAAGAAACUACCAGAUCCUCCCUUACCAGGAGAACGGGAAGACAAGAUUUGGAUGUGGCAUAGGUGCUUGCGAUGCCCUCGGACCAAUGGAUUCCCUCCAGCCACAAGAAGAGUUGUAAUGUCUGAUGCUGCUUGGGGCUUAUCCUUCGGGAAAUUUUUGGAGCUUAGCUUUUCUAACCAUGCAGCUGCUAGCAGAGUUGCAAGCUGUGGUCAUUCCCUUCACAGAGAUUGUCUUCGAUUUUAUGGAUUCGGGAGAAUGGUUGCUUGUUUUCGAUAUGCUUCCAUUGAUGUCCAUUCUGUUUAUCUUCCACCUUCAAAACUGGAAUUUAAUCAUGAUAAUCAGGAGUGGAUACAAAGUGAAGCAAAUGAGGUGAGUAACAGGGCAGAAUUCCUUUUUAGUGAAGUGUACAAUGCUCUUCAAAAGUUUUCAGAGAAAUUAUUAGGUUCAGAGUCCAAUAAUUGUGGCAUAAAGGCACCUGAAAGAAGAAGCUGCAUCGAAGAACUGGAAGCAAUUUUCCAAAAAGAUAGAAAAGAAUUUCAGGAUUCUUUACAGGAAGUGCUUUGUAAGGAAGUGAAAGUUGGCCAACCUGUUAUUGACAUUCUUGAGGUCAAUAAGUUGCGCAGGAAAAUGCUCUUUCUUUCUUAUAUUUGGGACCAACGUCUGAUACAUGCAUAUAGUUCACUUAACAAUAAUAUCCAGGAAGUUAUAAGCAGUCCCACCCCAAAGCUUGGACUGAAGCCUACGAGUUCUGUGGAGAAGCUUGUUGAGAUGAAUGUUAGUCCCAAGCCAACUAAAGUCAUUAGUGGCUGCAGCUCUGCCCUAGUUGAGAACAAGCCUGAUAUAAACAUGAAUCAAGUAGGCAAUACUGAUGAAAUUAGCAAGCCAGGUGGCAGUCAGAAAGAAAAACACAUGGACCAGAACUUCGAUAACAGGAAGGAGGCCGAAUCAUCUCUUUCUUCUAGUGCAAAUAGCAGCCAGAAAUCUGAUUCUGUGGAGUCUGAAAGAGUUAAAAGAGGAGUCCUGUCAGAAGGGGAAUUUCCAAGUAUGGAAAAUUUAUCUGACACCCUUGAGGCAGCAUGGACUGGUGAAACUCAUCCAGGUAGCGUACUUCCUAAGGAGAAUGGUUGCAGUGUUCCUGAUUCAGCUGUGGCGGAUAUGUCAGCUGCAGUAAGUUCAGAUCCAGGAAAUCGUGCUAGUGGUCGUGGUGAAAUGGAAGUGGCACGUUCUCCUCAGUCUGAUCUGCCUACUAAAGGACUUGAAAGUAUGGAGAAGCCUAUGAGCUGGGAAAGCAUGCCAUUUCCAAAUUUUCAUGACUCAUUUAAUAAGAAUUCUUCAUUCAAUGUUCAAAAACUCAAUGUCAGUGAGCAUAAUCCAGUCUAUAUCUCAUCAUUUAGGGAGUUGGAAAAGCAAAGUGGUCCCAGGUUGCUACUUCCUGUUGGUGUUAAUGAGACAGUCGUGCCUGUUUAUGAUGAUGAGCCUGCUAGUAUUAUAGCCUAUGCACUUGUCUCAUCAGAUUACCAUUCACAGAUCUCUGAGCUGGAGAGACGAAAAGAUGCUGUUGAUUCUGCAGUUUCGUCAUCACUUUUUGAUUCAAUAAACCUGCUCUCACUUAAUUCUUUUAGUGACAUAUCUGAUACUUACAGAAGCUUUGGUUCUGGUGAUGAUAGUAUACUGUCUUUGUCUGGGUCACAAAUCUCCCUGGUUUCUGACCCCCUCUUGUACACAAAGGAUUUGCAUGCCAGAGUUUCUUUUACCGAUGAUGGUCCCCUUGGGAAGGUGAAGUACUCAGUAACUUGUUACUACGCAAAGCGGUUUGAGAGCUUGAGGAGGACUUGCUGCCCUUCUGAGCUGGAUUUUAUACGGUCUCUCAGUCGUUGUAAGAAGUGGGACGCCCAAGGCGGCAAGAGCAAAGUCUUCUUUGCAAAAACUUUAGAUGACCGAUUUAUCAUCAAACAGGUUACAAAGACAGAACUAGAAUCAUUCGUCAAGUUUGGACCAGCUUAUUUCAAGUAUUUGUCUGAUUCAAUCAAUACAAGAAGCCCAACUUGCCUGGCAAAGAUUUUGGGCAUAUACCAGGUUUCAUCAAAGCACCUUAAAGGAGGGAAGGAAUCAAAAAUGGAUGUUUUGGUGAUGGAAAAUCUUCUCUUCAGGCGUAAGGUUACAAGGCUUUAUGACCUUAAAGGAUCUUCACGAUCAAGGUAUAAUCCUGAUACAAGUGGCAGUAACAAAGUUCUUCUGGAUCAAAAUUUGAUUGAAGCAAUGCCGACUUCUCCAAUUUUUGUUGGAAGCAAAGCGAAGCGGUUGUUGGAGAGGGCUGUCUGGAAUGACACUUCCUUUCUUGCUUUAGUUGAUGUAAUGGACUAUUCAUUACUAGUUGGGGUGGACGAGGAAAAACAUGAGCUUGUUCUUGGAAUAAUUGAUUUCAUGAGGCAAUACACAUGGGACAAGCACCUUGAAACUUGGGUGAAGACGUCAGGCAUUCUUGGCGGGCAAAACGCACCUCCAACAGUGAUCUCGCCCCAACAGUACAAGAAAAGAUUCAGAAAAGCUAUGACUGCUUAUUUUCUCAUGGUGCCAGACCAGUGGUCUCCUCCGACAAUUGCUCCUAGUGGGUCACAGACAGACCUUUGUGAAGAAAAUACUCAAGGUGGUAACUCUGUUGAAUGAUAAUGUGAAUCCUUUUACUUGUAUAUGCCAAAAUGUAAGUUCAAUACUCCUCUCUCUCUUUAUAUCUCUUACCUUCUUUUUAACUUCAUUUUUGCCCAUCUUCUUCUUUUUUCUCUUAUCCAAUUGUAAUUGUUAAAUGGCUGCCACAUUUUAUGUAUCAUCAUCAUCAAUGUAUGCAUCUGUUAUUUAUUGAUGUCCAUUGUAAGCUGCAAAAAAGCUAUUUUUACUACCUUGAACUAUUGUAUUUUCAUACUUGUAUA